UAUUUUGUACAUUAUUUUCCAGAUUGGUUUCGCCAGCUGACUUACGACGAAAUUUAUAACAAUACACAAUACGCCCAAAUAAGGCAAACACCAAAAAACGUAGUCACAUUUAGUAAAUAUAAUAAAUAUAGUAGCGUUGAAGUAAUUAAGUCCAAUGAAAUAGAAUAUAACGACAAAAGCAGCAGCAAAUUGUUGGUCGGAUUUGCGCGAGAUCCAUUUAGAUAUUCGGUGCCGGAGGAAGAUUAUGCAAGGGGUGUCAGAUACGUGCAACCCCCUAAAGGAGAUAGGGGAAAGAGAGGCGUGUUCCAUCUCUACAAUAUGAUAUAUUGCGCGACUGGAUGCGAGCCACUUUCCUACAAGGGCUAUGGUUGCUACUGCGGAUUCCUUGGCAAUGGCAGACCUACUGAUGGGAUAGACAGAUGCUGCAAGAUGCACGACCAGUGCUACGAGAAUAUCUACUGUCCGUUUUACACGGUAUACUUCCAGCCUUACUACUGGCAUUGUUACCACGGCGAGCCGCUCUGCGCCCUCGAGAACUACCAGUCACAAAACCAUGUAGUCAACGGCUGCGCUGCGAGGUUGUGCGAGUGUGAUAG